AUGGUUAAGGUUUUAUCGCAAAAAGAAUUUCAGGAGCAAAUUGUUACCCAAUACACGGAUGUAAUUGGAGAAAAGUUAGGUGGUAAGGUGUUGAAAUUUUCAGAUGAAUGGUUCGCGGAAGCAGCCAACUUGAUCAAACCCAAGGCACCAAUUUUUGAUGCUAACAAGUUUGUUCCGGCAGGAAAGUGGUACGAUGGAUGGGAAACACGCAGACACAACGUCGAAGAAGCGGAUUACGUUAUAAUCAAGAUGGGAGUGGCAUCUGCAAAAUUGAUAGGAUGCGAAAUCGACACUGCAUUCUUCAACGGUAACCAUGCUCCACAUAUUUCUGUAGAGGCCGUUUCAUUGAACGAUGAUGAUAGCAUUGAGUCGCUUCCUGAUUCCAAAUGGGAAUCUGUGAUUGAGAAAACUGAAUGUGGACCUUCGCAGAAGCACUUUUUUGUUAGAGAUGCGCUCACCAAGACCAAUUAUACCCAUGCCAGAUUGAGAAUGUAUCCAGAUGGAGGAAUUGCGAGGUUCAGAUUGUACGGGUCUGUUGUUCCAAUCCUUCCUACUGACUCUUCAACUGUUUUGGAUAUGGCAUCAGUCCUUAAUGGUGGUGUUGCCAUUGACAGAUCUGAUCAGCACUUUGGAACUGCCGAUAAUUUGUUGUUGCCCGGAAGAGGACAUGACAUGUCUGAUGGUUGGGAAACAAAGAGAUCGAGAGAACCGGGUCAUGUAGAUUGGGUAGUCAUUAGGUUGGGUGCUUCAACGAAGAUCAGCAGUGUUCUUGUUGAUACUCUUCACUUUAGAGGUAACUUCCCCCAAAAGAUUAAUGUAAAGGCCAUAAAGGUUACCAAUGAUAAGGAUGUACCAAGCUUUGACAGUGAUAAAUGGGACUUGUUGGUUGAUGAUUCAAAGACAGGACCAGAUAAAGAACUCGAAUUCAAGGUAACUGGAGAUAAAGUUUACUCACAUGUUUUGUUUACUAUUAUUCCAGACGGUGGUGUUAAAAGAGUAAGAGUAUUUGGGAAUAUCGUUUCGAACUAA